AUGUAUGCUCCUGCAGAUUUUCAUUACAAGAGGGUAUUUGCGCCAAAGUCGUUGGUAUACUUGGACCAGGUAAAAAAAACUGUUCGCGAUGUGGAUUUUGGUGGAUUUACAUAUAAAGAAUUUCUUCUGUGGCUUACGAAAUUAACCGAAGGAGACUAUGAUAAUGUCUACUACUGUAAUAGAAAGGAAUGCUUGGCUGAGGGUAUAAGAAGAAUCGACAGUGAUGCUGAUUAUUGGGAGUUUGUAGAAGUUGUUUAUAGUGAUGCGGAGUUGGAUGUGUACAUUGAUCACCAAAAUGAACCAAUUCUUGAUUGGGCUAAUAACGAGGUUUUAGCAGAUGAUAUAAGUGAUGAUAAUGAGUAUAACUUUGAUGAAGAAGAUGACAAGGACUCAGAAAUUUUUGAUACAACGAAAUAUGAACAUGAACGUGAUGAAGAGGUUUAUACUUUUGACAAAAUCGUUGGGGACAAAUUGUUGAACAAACUUUCAGGUAAUAUAAGUGAUGGUGAUGAAGCCAACAAUGGAAAAGAUAUGGAUGUUGUGUUCCUUGUCCAUGAUGAGAACCAAGAAUGGGAUCAAAUGGUACCAGUUGCACGUAUGAAGUUUUCUAACCCAUUAGAAUUGAAACUAUGUCUUACCAACUAUGCAGUCAAGAAUGGGUACGAUUUAUAG